AUUUUUACAAAUAAACCAUUUUGAGAAAAGAUAACCAGCAAAGUACAAUUUUAAAUGUUGCUUAUGAAACAAUGAAGAUUUCCACACUAUUUCUUGGUUUAUUUUUGUUAUACGCGAAUAGUGCAAGUGCCCAAAGUAAUCUUUCUAUAAUAGACAUAAUCGAUAACUUGGGGUUGAUAGAUUUUCUGUUUUUGGAUAAUCCUCAAAAUAUUUUGGACGAAAUUAAUCUCGAGAAGGCAUGUAAUGCAAUAAGAAAUCAAAACUGGACCACUUCGUGUGCAAGGCAACUGGAAGUUAUUUGCAAUGAUCAGAAAAAUCUUAUCAGAAUGCUGGAUGCCAACUCAAAAUUUCCUUAUACUGGAAUGCUUGUAAGAACUAAAAUAGAUUUAGGCAGUUUUGAUGAAUGUGUUGAACUAGAUGUAACACAAAAUGAGACAAAUAUUCUGGGAAAGUAUUGUUUAAAUGGAUUAAUUAUUCCAACUACACCCUUAAAUGAUUCUGAUUUAAUUGAGAAAGCUUAUAAACUAGCAACAUGCAUCCCAGAUCAAUGUUCUGCAAUGGAUUUAUUGGAAAUGUUGAAUUUAACUGAUAUUUAUCCACUGUUUAAUGACUUUAAUUGUCAAACCAAAAACUCUUAUAAGCAGUUGGGAUGGGAUGAUUAUGCAGUAAUUUCUCUCUUUGCUGCACUUUUUCUGGUUUUAGUAUUAGCCACCCUGCUUGAAGUCAUUUACUGUUAUACGAAAAAGGAUCAUAAAAAUCUUUUCAUCGAAGCUUUCUCAGUGCUUCACAAUAGCAAAAAGAUCUUCAGCACAUCUGAAAGAUCCAGAGAACAAAUAGGAGUUUUACAUGGAAUACGUGUAGUUGCCAUGUUUUACAUUGUAGUCGGACAUGCUUACGUUUCUAUGGAGGCUAUACCGGGCUAUGAUAUCGAAUUUAUAGACAAUUUUAAAAAAAGCUGGAAAUCAAUCUACAUCAUGAGAAGUUAUUUGGAUGUGGACUCGUUCUUUUUUCUAUCCGGAUUAUUAUUUGCCUACCAAUAUUUGAAACUGAAACCUACAAACUUGUUGAACCACGUUCGAAGAAUUCCAAUGUUGAUUUUUCAUAGAUACAUAAGGAUAACUCCUGUAGCAGCUUCAGCUUAUUUGAUAGUAACAACGGUUUUGGCACAUUUAGGUGACGGUCCUAUUUACCAAGACCUUGUCAAACCUGAACGUGAAACUUGUAUAAAGCAUUGGUGGUCAUAUUUUUUGUAUUUACAGAAUUAUGCUAAUUAUGACCAUAUUUGUAUUUUGCCUACUUGGUAUCUUUCAGCAGAUUUUCAGCUAUUCCUAAUAGCUCCUCUGGUACUAAUACCAGUGGCAAUCUAUAUAAAAUCGCAUUUCAAAUUAGUUAUGGGACAUUUAGCACUUUUGAAUGUAUUAGUGACAAUCCUACCAGUGGCUUAUAAGUUAUGGUUCAAGGAGUUUGACAAGCAAGUAUUUUCUUAA